ACCGCAUCAGCGUUCGUCAUCAGUUCACGGGCCACUCUCGAACCGCGCGGUACUAUUUUCACUCUCGCCGCAGUCUCUUGCUGUGCGUCGGGCGCCACAUGACGAAGGAAACACGUUCGCAGACGGGGUUCAUGCUGUUAUAAUAAUAUUAUUAUAUAUUAAUAAUAAUAGCGCGUUCGUUCGUAUUACGAUUUUAUUUAAAAAAAAAAUUUUUCGGAGGUUCGAAAGUUCCGUUUCGCCGUCACGUCAACAAUUUAACAAUAAUAAUAUUAAUAUCAACAGUUAUUAUCAUGACGUCUUGUUCGUUUCGACCACGGAAUAUGUCUUACGCGAUUACCUGCUCUGUUCAUUAAUUGUAUACAUUAUUUAAUUACAAUAUUAUAUUGUUCGGUCAUCGAAUACAGCAAAAAUAACUUUUGAAAUCGGUUCUCGUUUUAUUAAUAUUGUUUUAAAAAAAAAAAUUUGCGAUUGUUAUCGUGGCGUGUUGCUAUCCGCACCGUACCGAGAUUGUUGAUAUUUAGUACAACGAACGAAUACGCCGGCCAUAUUUGUCGGCAUGAAAACCGACAAAGACCGUGUCACAGGUGCUUGAUCGACAAUGAUAAGCGGUGUGCUGUUGAUGGUGGCUGUGAUAUCAGGCAUAGUGUGCGGUGAAACGCCGAGACCGUCGGGCGCUAGAGCCGCGUUCAAGGACGCUGGCCAGGCGGAAAGGCACUUGCUGGCCGCGCUGGGCAUGAAGCGCCGACCGGUGGUGGACAAGUCCAAAGUGGAGAUACCGGCCGCCAUGCUGGAGCUUUAUAGGAUGCAAAUGUCAUACGAAUUCGACACCACGGCCUUGCCGUUGCCGGGACACCAUGUCAAGUCAGCGAAUACCGCCCGAACGUACUUGCAUAGAGAGACCGAACCAAAAAAGCCAAAGUGCCGGAAAUACAGGCUACAGUUCGCAGUUGACCCGUUGCCUGACGGUGAAUGGCUAACUGCGGCCGAGUUGAGGCUGACACCGACGCGGCAUCGGCCGGCUGGACAUCCAGGCCGCGUGCAAGUACUCGUGCACGAUAUCGUUCAACCGGGUGUCCGGGGCGUGUCGAAGCCAGUUCUUCGGUUACUCGACUCGCAGUACGUAGACCUGCCGGACGCGGCAACAACGGGACAGGACGAAGAAGCGUCAGUUACGCUGGACGUGACGCCCGCGCUAGAGCGGUGGUCGCAGCACGGCGGUCGGUGGAUGGCCGGCAAUCACGGGCUACUCAUUGAGACGCUCACUGACGGUGGCGCCAACGUCCGGGCACCGAUACCUGAAACGUUCGAGUUGCGAGCCGCCGACAGGCCUGCACUACUCGUGUACUCGGACGAUGGCAAGAAUAGCCGUCCCGUCGGCCCGCCGCGGCGGAAACGCUCAUCGGGUGCCAACCAACAGCAACAAGGCCGGGGUGGUAGUGGAAAGCGGCGGAAGGACGGCGGCAGUGGCCGGGACAUCUGCCAGAGGCACCCGCUGUACGUGGAUUUCACGGACGUCGGCUGGGACGAUUGGAUUGUCGCGCCGCCCGGCUACGACGCUUACUACUGCCACGGCGACUGUCCAUUUCCAGUGGCCGAACACCUCAACUCCACCAACCACGCCAUUGUCCAGACAUUGGUCAACUCCAUGAACCCCACCGCCGUGCCCAAAGCGUGUUGUGUGCCUACUCAGUUGGCGUCCAUAUCUAUGCUAUACCUAGACGAGGAUAACAAAGUGGUGCUCAAAAACUACCAGGACAUGCAAGUGCUCGGGUGCGGGUGCAGGUAGGCCUUGGCCUAGACCCAUCACACACACCCACAAACACACACACCCACAAACACACACACACACACACACACCCACAAACACAUAGCGUCGCCCAAAGAUAUUAUUAUUAAUAGUUAUUAGUUAUUAUUAUUAUUAAUAUAUAUUAUUAUAUAUAUAUAUAUAUUUACGUAUAUAUUAUUAUUAUUAUUAUUAUUAUUUUACUAUUAUGCGUUUAUCGAAUGAUGUGGUUUACCCAUUUUUACGAAUUUUGUUUUUAAUAAAAAUAUUUUUUAUCGUCUAACGAUAAGGUAGGUAGGUAGGUAGGUACACAUUUUAUUCACUAAACUAUCUGUUCCCUUGAUGAAACAUUACAUAGACAAAUCGAAUAACCACUAAUACUACAGAUGACGGGUUCAUAUUAGACUAACAAUCUUUAUAAUAUUAUCAUGUGUUUUACGUAAAAAAACACAUCGACGAUAUAUAUCCUCUUAGACGGAUAUAAUAUAUUAUUACGUAAUACCACAAUCCCAUUAGGUAAUAUUAAUAAGUAUAAUAUAUAUACUCUUCACCACAGAUAAAUAUAGAACGAGAUCCCCGACAAAAUCGAUAAAUAUAUUUUACAUAUACCUACCUACAUUUACGUAAUUUUGACGUCAAAACAGCUAUAAAGAUCCAUUUUAUUGGAUAAAUGUUGUAAUCGUAGUAAUAAUAAUUGUAUAGUAUUAAAUUAUUAUGCCAACGUUGUGGACGUGAAGAGAAUUUUUUAUUUAACAUAUGGGUACCGUUAAUUUUUCCGUAAUAUAAUAUAUUAUUACGUUCAAUCGAAAUUUCAAACGAAUAUAUCUGUUAUUUAGUUUUAAACGCGUAUUGCCAGAAAAAUAAAGUUAAACAUCUCCGGAAUUCUUCGUGCGAUGUCAUUUAUAAUAUAGGUAUAUCGUUGUUCGUCGAUUUAAGACAUCGAUCUUUUUUCGUUUUUAAUGUUGUUUGAGAUUGCCAUAUCUUUUCCCCACCCCUUUUUAAUUGAUUCCAUCACAAGUCACAACCACCGUUUCCGUUUACCGUUAAUUCAUCACCACACUCAUCGAACCCCAAUUCAUAUAAUAUCAUAGUAUUGUCCCAUUUUUUUUUUUUUAUAUAAAAACUUAUUUAUUAUUUUAUAGCUUUUGUACGCCAACCAGUGAACAUAAUAUGUUAUAUAUAUAUAUAUAUUGUUUUAAACACCAUGCUCAUGUACUAGUCUUUUUAUUUAUAAAUUACAUAUAUUUUUUUCACCCCACAAUCAAAACCGACCAAAAUAUUACUUACAGUUGUUAUAUUAUAUAUUUUAUAUUAUGAUUGCAUUUUUGUUUGUUUAUUUAUUUUAUUAAAUUUUGAUUUGUCUCAAUAUGUUACCAUAAUAUUAUUGUCCAUGUAGAUUUAGAUCCGUGUUUUUAUUUAAUGAGUUAUGAGUAAAAUAGAAUACAAUUAUUGAAGAAAAAAGAAAUUCCAAAAUGUCUAUUUCAUACUUCGAAAAGAGUAUCCUAUUUUUUUUAAAUAUAUUAUAUUGUACAUAUAUUUUUGUAAAUAAUAAAUUUUUGUGUUAAAUGAA